AUGACGUCAUUUGAGAUGGAGGCCCUCAUAACUUGUGACAAGGAUGGGAGUGUUCGGUUGCUACCUGGUUACAAGUUUGAUCCCACUGAUGAGGUUCUUGUGAAUUUCUACCUGAAGAGGAGGGCCUUCGCUCAACCUCUUCCUGUUCAAAUAAUCCCAAAUUUCAAUGUGUUUCAGACAGAGCCAUGGGGGUUACCUGGAGGAGAUGGAAAUAUUUUCAACGAAAGGAAGUGCUUCUUCUACAACACUAUGGGUCGUGACCUAGAAAGCCUUGACAUAAGAAUUGCAGGGAGUGGUCAAUGGAAGGUUGUGGAGAAAGGAAAAUGCAUUCCUAUCCGUCAAAACAAUGAGGUGAUUGGAAAGAAGAACACUUUAAUUUUCUGGGAGUUGCAAGGAGCCUCAGCUAAGAUGACCAAAUGGGUGAUGCAUGAGUUCCGCCUUGUGUUAGUAGCUAAACAAUCUAAGAUAUCAAAUUGGGUUGUGUAUCGCAUAUUUCUUGAGAAGGAUGCACAGAAGGUGAAGAGUGCAAGAGGGCCUAAUGGGAAGAGCUCUAGCAGUGGCGAAAAUGCCUGA